CGGCUUGCGCGUUCACGCCCCAUCUCUCGCCUUUCGCAGCGGCUCCGUGGGAGAAAAAGGGAGGACACGUCACGCGCACCUUCCUCCGCGAAAAAGGCUCAAAGAAGACUCGCCAGGGAGGCUCCAGGAAGUGUCCCGCGGGAUAUCGUGGCUGUGCUCGCUGCUUGACCCAGCAGGACCAGGCAGGCAGGCAGGCAGGCAGGCAGGCAGGCAGGCGGGGGGGCGGCAGCCAUGGAGGGGAUGCAGGCGUACGGAGCUGGGAAAGCCGGAGGAGCCUUCGACCCCGUCACCUUCUUCCAGCAGCCUCAGACUAUACUCCGCAUCGUGUCGUGGCUCUUCUCCAUCGUCAUCUUCGGCUGCAUCGCCAACGAGGGCUACAUCAACCGUCCCAACGAGGUGGAGGAGUUCUGCAUCUUCAACCGCAACCAGAGCGCCUGCAACUACGGCGUCUUCAUGGGCUCCAUGGCCUUCCUGUGCUGCGUGGCCCUCCUGGCCCUGGACAUCUACUUCCCGCAGAUCAGCAGCGUCAAGGACCGCAAGAAGGCGGUGCUGGCCGACAUCGGAGUGUCAGCGUUCUGGUCCUUCAUGUGGUUUGUGGGCUUCUGCUUCCUGGCCAAUCAGUGGCAGGUGACCGACCACGGUGACGACCCGCUGAGGGAGGGCGUGGACGCCGCGCGGGCCGCCAUCACCUUCUCCUUCUUUUCCAUCUUCACUUGGGGCGCCCAGGCUCUGUUCUCCAUGGAGAAGUUCAAGAACGUGUCGUUUGAGGAGGAAUACAUCAAGCUGUUCCCGCCGCAGCUUCAUCAACCGCCGCUUAUCUGAUGCUGCUUUUCUUUUUUUGCUUCCAUUUUUAAUUUCGAAAAGAGAGUUCUCAGGUUUUUGAUUAUUUUACCACUUUUUUGGGGGGAGGCUUUUUCUUCCACGAUCAUAUUAUAUUUAGGGAUGGGUACCCAAUUCUGUACUUUUAUAGCCACCCACCAAAUUCUGGGUAUCGAACUUUUAUUAGUAGAUUGCACAGUACAGUAAAUAUUCCGUACAGUUGACCACUAAAUGAUAACACCCGAAUACGUUUUUCAACUUGUUUACGUUAAUCAAUUCUUAUUAAAGUAGACAAUCGGUCAGGCCUCUGAGUAAUGUUCCCAUUUUCAACACUAACAAAGCAAGCAUGCUUGGUAGGGAACACUCGAACAUAAAGUAAGGCUCCACUCUUCCAAAAUGUGCGAGCUUGAUGCUAAUUUACAUUGGAUUUGCCAUAGACAGGCUACGAUUAGCAUUAGCGAUUUUACAUGGCGAUUUCAACACCUCCAAACUUAGUAGCGAAACUACAACUGAGAUGACUGUUACAAUCAAACAGCUGAUGUAUAAAAUUAUUACAUUAUAUUAUUAUUAUUAUUUAUUUAAAAUAGCGGCAGCACAUAUUCAUGAACAUACGUACAUAUAUACACAUACAGUCUGUGUAUUUAUGUGUAUAUAUACACAUAUAUAUGUAUAUACACACAUAUAUACUGUACAUACACAAAUAUAUAUAUAUAUAUAGAUAUAUACACAUAUGUAUAUAUACAUGUAUAUAUAUAUACAUAUACAUAUAUACAUGUAUAUAUAUAUACAUAUACGCACAUAUAUACACAUAUAUA